AUGGCCGAACAUGAUUCACCGGUUCAGGUCGACACUGCUAGCACUGAUCAAGAUCAUGCGCUGCCUCCAGUUACGAACGUAGCGCCAAUAUCUGCGAUGGCAUCGCUCUCAGUUCCGCUCCGUCGAAUGACAUCUCAAAAUUCGAGGCGACACUCCACCCUCUCAUCUUCGGGGGUGGUGUAUCCCAUUGCGGAGGUAGCAGGGGAUGGAGCACCGAACCGACCGCUUGCUAAUGCACGAAGACGAAGUGUAUCGUCACGCGGAAUCGCAGGGACUCCCGACAAUAAUUCGCCCCCUGCAUGGGCGACACUAUCAUCAAGUUUGAGACGCUCUGUAUCUGACAUCCGCGGACAUAUCGAAGUGGCUAGCCGUCCAGCAGUGGUUCCCCCAAAGGAGACACCGUACGAAGAAAUGAUGGAGCGAUUCCAAAUCCGACACAUACAGCGUACACCCUCAAGCAUGACAAUAGGUUUGGAGUCGGACUAUGCUGCUACACCGUCUGCAGGGGUUACUGCUCGCUCUCCAAGAAGUCAACACACGGAACACUUGUUGCAUCAACGUCCCUCGUCUCGCAACGUCAGUGAACACUUCAGUUCUGCCCCCGAUAUCGGCCUAAAGAGUAGUAACUUUCUCCACUUUGGCGAUGGCCCCAGCUUCAUCGGUCAUCCACCACUCGAAAGUGUCACCAGCGAUGGUCAACUAAUGGAGCAGCAUAUAGGGCAACCAUUUAUGGACCCAAAGAUGAAUGCUCCUCCGUUCCCAUCAAUCCAAAGAAAGACGAGUAUGUGGAAACGAAGGCUUUUAAAGCCUAUUUCGCCUUACUCUAGGGUAUCGCAGGCACGAUAUGCAGCCAUCCUGGUGGCUACAGUCAUUUACGUGCUUUGGUUUCCUCUAGAACUCGCCUUUCCGGGUCAUGCGCAUGCACACAUAAACACAGUGGUGGGUAUCAUGCUGGGGUUUGACGUGUUGAUCACCUUGCGAACAGGCUACGUCACAGAAACGGGCACCGUUGUAUUCUCCAGCUGGCAAAUACUGUGGCAUUACUUGAAAAAUCGAAUCAUCAUGGACAUUCUGGUUGCUGUGUCGCUUUUAGUACACGAUAACUCUGACGUGUACGGUUCCAAAUGGAUUCGCUUUGUACUUGGUGGAUUGAGUGUCGAGCGGUUAGUGUACAUCACGCGGUUCCUACGCAUGAUCUGGCUCAUACGCGCUAACCAGACUGGGAGUGGGAGUAACUUCUGGGCGUGGUUACUGUAUUCCCGUUACUCGCAUUUGUUCCGUAUCGCUGGUAUCGUGGUUAUGGUUAUCUGUAUCGCGCACUAUAUUGCAUGUAUAUGGACAAUCCUGCUCGAUGAAGCGGAGGAUUUUGAAGACUCCACAGUGUCGUGGCGUGAAAAAUACUCCUCCAGUUUCUAUGCGGCGUUGCUAUUGAUACAGGGUGAGGGUGUUCCAGCUGAAACUGCAGCACAAAAUCUAUUCGCUUCGCUCUCUGUGGUGCUUGGAUCUAUCGUUCUUGCCGUAGUUUUCGGUCACGUCGCGAUUCUAGUGUCCAAUUUUAACGCUAACACUACCAGCUAUCAACGUAAAAUGGAGGAAGUAUUUGCCAUGACUGCCAAGCUUCAGCUGCCUGUACCUCUACGCGAGCGUAUCCACGAAUACUACGAGCAUUUGUGGCAUGAAUACGAGUGUUUAGACGGCGAGAUUGUACAGUUUUCAAAAAGUCUAUCACACUCACUUGGUCUCGAGGUUGUCUUGUUUAAGUACAUGGAAGUAGUGAUGCACGUACCAUUCUGGAAAGACUGCACACCGGACUUCCAGAAGCAACUCAUGCUACAUCUAGACGUACGUGUGUAUCUACCCAAUGACUUUAUCAUGCGACAAGGAGAGGUAGAUGUUGAAUUUUACAUGGUUAACCGUGGGUAUUGCGAACUUGAUCGCGACGUCAAUGGAUUCGAACGAGUUACUAUUACUACACUGGCAACGGGUAGAAAUGGCUUCAACAUUGGACGAAGCAAUAGUAUGACAGCUCGUCGUCGCACUGUCGUUAUGAGUGCAACUCAAAUGGACGAUACAAUUCGACAGUCAGCGUAUGAGUUAGAUGCAACUCACAGACGAUACUACCUUAACGGAGGUCGCGAUGGAAAAGGGACAGAAAUUCUCAUAUCUCGCGGUCAAGCCUUUGGUGACAUAGCGCUUCUGAUGAACUACCAACGCGCAGCGAACGUACGAGCCAUCACACAUGUUGAAAUGUGUGUCUUAUCUAGAGAAAAAUUCCAGACUGUGCUUGCCAAAUACCCAGAAGAUCGCCGUCGAGUCGUCGUUGAUAUGCUAACGUCAUACAUGCAAAGCUAUGAGGUGAGUAAAUCUCACUGCCCGUUGUUGGAACUGGUGCGUAAAGUGUACAGUGCAGAGGCGAUCGCAAAGGCAUGUGCACAAGCCGGUGUGCCUCCACCACUCGUACCACCAACGAUCACAGUUCGUCAGGCGGCUGAACGCAUCUACACAGCAAUCAACAAGGAGUCGAAUGAUCCGACAUUAAAGUUUGGCGUGGGCGCUAAUAUUCGUGAUAAACUACUCGAAUUGCGCGAACGUAGACGCAAGAAACGGGAACAAACGCCACAGAAAAAAUCUGAUAUUCCGAAAAAUGUGUCCAGUGAUAGCAGAAAUCGUGAGAGUAGUGAUCAUGGAGGCCAUGCAUACAGUGAAAACAAGUCCUCUGCCGUUGAAAUGCCCACAACUGAAGCUCCGACAAACCAAAACUUGCCUCAAGGUACACACUCUCAGUCACUUCAGGAACGUCUGCAGCAUUUGGAAGAACGAGAGCUUGUGAUUCUACAAGGGUUGAAGGAUUUACAGGCCAGUUUUGAGGUGCUUCGUUCUCGUCAAACACCUACAAUUGAGCUUAGUCGAAAGCGCUUAGCUCCUGGAGAUGACUCGACAAAAACGAAGCCUACGCGUAUGCCAUUAUUACGGCGUGUAGGUUCAUUCGUGGCAUCCGGAGGCAACUUGGACAAUAAAAAUCAAGGACAAAGUGUGAAAGAGUCACCAACCCGAUACGCAGACAAACUUUUCAGUCAGAAUGGGACUCAAAAUGAUGUUCAAUACCAGCACAGAGAGCUGCAGCCUCAUCGGUAUCAGAUGUCCAGAGCGAACGACUCUUUUCGCUUUACAUCAGAAAUUGAGCCGCCUCACUCGACAAUUGAGAACGUACCAGUCAACCAACCUCAACAACCAGCAGCUAGCAUAGGCAACAGUGGAGCUUCUGAUCGACAAGUUGCACUAUUCCAGCCUAUUAAGGAAGUUUCGCCAGUUGAUCACCAUCCAAGAAUGUUGUUCCAACGCAUGGCCAGUAGGUCACUAAGGAAGCUGGAGGUUGCUGUCCAGUCUCGAACGGAUUCAAUUCCAGCAGCAAGAGCAUCAAUAGCGGAGAGAAGAGGGACUUUCCAGCGUACUCACAGUCAGUCACUACGUACAAUGGCGGAUGCGCUGACUACCCAACGACCACGGGCCUCCAUGACAUCAACUCAAACUCGCGUUCUCAAACGGAUGAGUUCGUUCGUAUCUGAAGGCCAGCUUGGCUGGAAGCGAUCACCAACUCGCUAUGCUGACGAACUAUUCCGGAGGCAGUCAACGAAGGCUCCCGAUGAAGAAGGAUGGGAGCCCAAAUAAGAUUUACACUGAG